AUGAAUCGCCUCUCAUGCUUUUUGCUUGCCAUGGCAUUGUACGUUGGAUUGAAUAACGCGGCGGUUUUCGAGAAAAACUCUGUACAUUUCAAAAGUUCUCUUGGUCCGGACAGCAGUCUCAGGAUUCAUUGUGUAUCGGACCAAGACGAUCUCGGCGUUCACUUUUUGCGUCCAGGACAGACCUACGAUUUUAGUUUUCAUGAUAGUGUUUUGAAGACCAUCAUCGAGUGCAACUUAUAUUGGAUGGGACCUCGUGGUGCCGGGCAUGGUGCAAGCUUUAGAGCAUAUGAAGGUGGUGGUGUCAUCGUUCAUUAUGGUAAACAGAAUUUCUGGGAUGCUAGAGUAGAUGGAGUUUACUUCACACAUGGUAAAGAAACUCCCAAAUUAGAGUAUAAGUGGACAAUAGGUUAA